AUGCUCGGAGCACAACAGCUAUAGUACCACUCUUCGGGAAGAGAAGAGGAAAGAGUCAACGCCGCAAUGGCAGCAUCACAUCUCCUCCUCCUCCUGCUGCUGCUGGCCCCGGUCGCGGACUCCGCGCCCACCCGCGUCUUCUCCGUCACCGACUACGGCGCGGCCGGCGACGGGUUCAGGUACGACACGGCGGCCAUCCAGGCCGCCGUCAACGCCUGCGGGGAGGCGGGGGGCGGCCGCGUGCUCCUCCCGGCGCCCGGGGACUACCUGACGGCGACCGUGCACCUCCGCUCGCGCGUGGUGCUCGAGGUGGCCCCCGGCGCGCGGCUGCUGGGCGGGACCAGGCAGCGCGACUACCCGGCCGAGCGGAGGCGGUGGUACGUCGUGCUGGCCGAGAACACCACCGGAGCGGGCGUCACCGGCGGCGGCGAGAUCAACGGCCAGGGCGGCGCCUUCGUGGUCACGCCCAGCGACCAGAAGAACGUCAUGGUGAGCUGGAACGCCACGGGGCACUGCCGGGGCGACGAGUGCCGCCCCCGGCUCGUCGGCUUCGUCGACUCCAAGGACGUCACGAUCCACGACAUCACCCUGAACCAGCCGGCCUACUGGUGCCUGCAUCUUGUGAGGUGUGAUCACUCGGUCAUACGCAACGUCUCCAUAUACGGGGAUUUUGACACCCCUAACAACGACGGGAUCGACAUCGAGGGUUCAAACAACACGAUCAUCACCAACUGCAGCAUAGACACCGGAGACGACGCGAUCUGCCCCAAGUCUCUUACGGGCCCUGUUCACAACUUGACAGUGACAAACUGCCGGAUCCGCACUAAGUCUAGUGCUAUCAAAUUUGGAAGUGCAAGCAACUUCAACUUUGAGAGGCUGCUCUUUGACAACAUAACCAUAGUCGAUUCGCAUCGAGGACUUGGAAUGCAGAUCCGUGAUGGAGGGAACGUCAGUAAUGUGGUGUUUUCAAACAUCAAAAUGCGCACUAGGUACUACCAUCCUUCAUGGUGGGGGAGAGCUGAACCGAUCUACAUCACCACCUGUCCAAGGCACCCUGGUUCCAAAGAAGGCACCAUUUCAGAUGUUUCCUUCAUCAACAUCUCAUCGGUAUCGGAAAAUGGUGUUUUCCUGGCUGGGUCGAGGCACAGCCUGCUUCGCAACUUGAAGUUCAAGAACGUUGAUUUGACCUACAGGAGAUGGACAAACUACACCGGGGGCCUGUAUGACUACAGGCCCGGAUGCCAGGAGCUGGUAAAGCACAAGACUGGCGGUAUGAUGCUGGAGCAAAUCUCCGGCUUGGAGAUCGAUAAUGUCAGGAUGAGAUGGUCGAGAGGAAGCCUCCAAGGGUGGGAUGUUAAUCCACUCCUCUUCCGGCCAUCAACUAUUGACAGGCUGUCAUUCCAUGAUUGGCAGUCCCUGAAUGUUCAAUAGCAGACCGCCUGAAUCUCAAUCGUAUGUAUCUGUAAACAUGGUUUACACUUUCAGUGCAAUUUCACCGAAAUUUCGGAAAUUUCAUUAA